AAUCUGGGAGGAGUCAGCUCAGGCUCCGGGCUCUCUGUCCUGUCUGGAACCAGCAACACAACCGACCCGUGGAAGUAACAUACAUACCGAGUUUACACGCUGUUUUUGUUUUCGUUACUUCUAAGUACAAAAAGCUUUUAGUCGCUGUGACGAGGUUUACAGUGUGUGAGCGGAGGAAACACUAAACGCUGAGUUUGUGGACCCACACUUAGAGGAUUUACUUAGUCAAGCCACGCUUUGGGUAUUUGCUUCUGGACAAACGGGAACCUGUCCAAGCUCAGUGGCGGAGCAAGGUCUGAUCCAGCCGAACAAGAUGAUCAAGGCUACGUCGGGAAUAGUGUACUUUGAGUCAUGAGGUGGAGAGAUCUCGCACAAAGGAGCACCACUUUGAGACACUGAGGCAGGGAGCCAGCAAUGGGAAAUUCUGAGAGCCAGUACAGCAUCCAGGGCCUUAAAGCGUCCAGUUUUGGCUUCUCUGCGACUCAGAAGCCAUACUCACUUAAGCUGGGCUCAGCCACAGAUGACCCUCUGUCACCCCACGAAUGGUGGAAAAGUGCACCGGUGAGCUCCGGGUAUAAGGCCAAAUGUGUCAGCAGAGGUUGUCUCUCCCCUCCGAAGAGCCGACAGCCGUACUCUUCUCGUCACAAUGACUACGUCUGCAGAGGAGCGAGGGGUAGCCCGAAUGAGCACCGCUGGCAUAGGCCGACUGGUUGUGGUAUACGCAAGCGACAUGUGUCAGAUGACUAUGAAGAUAAUCCAUACGGUGCAGAGCUCAAUGGCCAUGCUUUGACUGGCCAGAGAGACAAACAGCAGGUUUUAGAGAAACAGAGUAGCCCGAGAGUAGUGAUCAAGAAGGACGGUAGUCUACGAGUCGAGUUCACCAACACCUCAGGCAGCGAUUUCCUCCUGGAUGAGGUCUCUGGUCCUGUACAGCUCCUCAAGUUCUCUGCAAAUUUGGAGUCCCCCUCCACCCCUAGUUUGCCUGGUUCCGGCAGCAGCGAACCUGACGGCCUCCACAGCGGUCCUCCACCAGCCUCUACCUCCUCCACUGCCAGAACCAGUAAAGGAAGCUCUCUGAGCUCAGAUGGUUCCUGGUAUGAUUCUCCUUGGGGGGCCAGCACAGAACUUUGUGAGCAGGACCAAUCCUGUUCUUCGAACAGAACACAAGUGCACUCCCCUGUCCACCAGCUUGUCUCUUUCACUGAGCAAUCUUCCACCGUGGCCAUUGUCGGCCUUUAUAAAGAUUCUGCAAUGGCUGCUACCUUCCCCACAACCAAAGACCUAUCCUCCCAUUUAGAGGCAGCUCCUGUUGAGCAACAGCCACACAGAGCCUCCCUUGCUUCAGUCUUGGAUGGCCCCUUGGAAGAGGAAUGCUUUGAGGCCCGCCAGUAUUCAUCAUACACCCUACCCUGUCGGAGACCCAAAGCUCACACCAUGAGUGAGGGUCUGGAUCAGCACCCCAACCAUGAACAGCAUCGGGAGCGGGCGGGAUCAGAGUUUGGCUUCCACAAGAAAGCUUCCAUUAAAAAACACAUUCGACGUUUCAGUGACUGGACAGGAAGCCUCAGUCGUAAAAAGAGGAAGACCCAGGAGACCCGGCCCAAGGACAUGAGUGAUGUCUUUGACAGCGGUGUUGAUGGCAUGACUGCAGACACCAGCUCACCGUCUCAGGCGUCAAGCCUAUUGUGGUUCCCAGGAGCCCCAAGGACCCAAUCAUCAGGGGCGAUUCACCAAUCAACCAGUGAUGCCCUCCGCCAGAACAUUUAUGAGAAUUUCAUGAGGGAGCUGGAAACUGGUAGUGGACAAGGAGUAAGCGAGAGAAGAGACCCUUCCACGGGUGAGGAUGACGGGGAGAGCAGCAGUGAGUCAGCUGAAGGCUCUCUGGAGCAGCUGGACCUGCUCUUUGAAAAGGAGCAAGGGGUGGUCCGACGGGCGGGGUGGCUUUCUUUCAAACCUUUAGUGACGCUGCAGAAGGACAGGAAGCUGGAGCUGGUGACACGUCGCAAGUGGAAACAGUACUGGGUCACCUUGAAAGGAUGUACUUUGCUAUUCUAUGAGACGUACAGUAAAGGGUCACUAGAGCAAGAGCUCUCACCUCGCUACUCUCUCCUGGCCGAGGACAGCAUUGUCCAGGCUGUUCCGGAGCACCCCAAAAAGGAGAACGUCUUCUGCCUCAGCAAUUCAUACGGCGAUAUCUAUCUCUUUCAGGCCAGCAACCAGACCGACCUCGAGAACUGGGUGACAGCUAUCCACUCAGCCAGCGCCUCGCUGCUGGCCAAGCGCCAGGGAAAGGAGGAUACAGUGCGUCUGCUGCGGAGCCAGGUCCGCGGCCUCUUGCAGAAGAUUGACAUGGAUGGGAAAAUGAAGAAGAUGGCUGAGCUUCAGCUGACUGUUGUCAGUGACCCCAAAAACCGCAAGGCCAUUGAAAACCAGAUCCAGCAGUGGGAGCAAAAUCUGGAGAGGUUCAACCUAGAUCUUUUUCGGAUGCGCUGUUACCUGGCCAGUCUUCAGGGCGGUGAGCUACCCAACCCAAAGAGCCUGCUAGCAAUCGCUAGUCGCCCAACCAAAACCACCCUGGGCCGUCUCGGGAUCUUCUCGGUUUCAUCCUUUCAUGCACUGAUUUGUUCCAGAGAUGAGGCUACGCUGCGCAGGCGCUCAUUGUCACGGACUUUCCGAAAGCACAAGCGAGGCCUUUUUUCUUCCCUCAAAGGCCUUGACACCUUGACAAAGAAGGGCAAAAGGGUCUCUGCGUCACAGGUCUUUGAGAGCGACGCUGGAGGUCAAGCGCUCGUGCCACCUCCCAAGAACACGGAGAGGAUAGAUGGGCUUCCCAGUAUCCACUCUAUGUCGCCCCCUGAGGUUGGUGUCUGGGAUAGCAUCAGUUGCACCACAGGCGUGCUGACCUGUGUCUACAUGCCAGGUGGCCUGACAGCCCAAAUUCCCAUUAGAAGUGAGCAGAGAGCCGCUGACCUCCUCCUCGAAGCCUGCAAGGCGAAACAGCUGGACCCAGAGCUGCACCGACUGCGUCUGCACAGGCAGGCGGGACAGGACACUGAGCUUCGAUCCGUGGCGCCUGGCGAGCUCGUCUGCGAAUUGGUUAACGGCCAAUUGGAGGUGGUCCCAGUUAGUAUGUUUACACUGCAAAUGAGCAGGAUAAGCGGCAAUGGAGAUUUUGGAUUUGCCGUAACGGGGCAGAUAGAUAGUCAGAAGAACAGUCGGAUCUUUGUCAGUGAAGUGCUCCCUGAUGGACAAGGAUUCACCGAAGGUUUACGUCCAGGCGACGAGGUUCUGAUGCUGAAUGGCCGCUAUGUAUCAGGUCUGGACCUGACGCUGAUCCAGACGUUGUUUGCUGAGCAAACCCUAAACCUGUGCCUGAGGCGGGAUGGACCACCGCCUCAAAACGGUGCCUUUGACCACCCAGUCCCUCCUCCGGCAUUCAAGCUCAAAGCCAAGUCCUCCUCAGACUUGUGCACUGCAGCCGAGGCGAGCGAGUCCAUGUGUGCCGCGCCGGAGAGUCACUCCCACUGCGCACACCGGCCUGUUCAGCUCAACAAGAGCGUGGACACCGUGUGCAACCUCUACCAGUCCUUCCAGGAGGGAGACGCUUCAGCAACUGGCGGCCCCAUGGAGGACCCCAAGGAGUCGCCAGUGAAGCAGGCUGGCGAUUUAGGUCCAGGCUCGAAGGGAGACGGCACCAUUCUCCGGCCCUGCCCCAAGCACAUGAGUGGCACUGAGCGGUUACGCAAGGUCAUCCAGGAGCUGGUAGACACAGAGAAGUCCUACGUCAAGGACCUGGCUUGCUUGUUUGAGAUCUACCUUAAACCCCUACAAAAUGAAACUUUCCUCACGCUGGAUGAGAUGGAGAGUCUGUUCGGCAGUCUGCCAGAGAUGCUAGACUUCCAGAGGGUCUUCCUGCAGACGCUUGAAGAGAGGAUCGCUUCCUCCCCUGAUUUCAGCACGCUUGAGACGCCCUCCCAGUUCAAGAAGCUUCUGUUUUCUCUCGGGGGUUCCUUCCUGUACUACGCUGACCACUUCAAGCUCUACAGUGGCUUCUGCGCCAACCACAUCAAGGUCCAGAAGGUCCUGGAGAGAGCCAAGACAGAUCGGGCCUUCAAGGAAUUUUUGGAUGCAAGGAACCCCACAAAGCAGCACUCCUCCACCCUGGAGUCUUAUCUGAUUAAACCAGUGCAAAGAGUUCUCAAGUACCCCCUGCUGCUCAGGGAGCUGGUCUCCCUUACUGACGCCAACAGCGACGAGCAUUACCACCUCACAGAGGCGCUCAGGGCCAUGGAGAAGGUGGCCAGCCACAUCAAUGAGAUGCAGAAAAUCUACGAGGAUUACGGCACAGUCUUUGAUCAACUUGUUACCGAGCAGGCCAGCCACGAUAGAGAGGUCACCGAAAUCUCUAUGGGGGAGUUUCUUCUGCAUUCCACUGCAGUCUGGCUCAAUCCACACCCGUCAUUGGGCCGCAUGAGGAAAGACCCCGAAAUGACUGUGUUUGUCUUCAAGAAAGCAGUCAUAUUGGUCUACAGGGACAACAACAAGAUGAAGAAGAAGAUGAAUAACCCCCGUUCAGCGCUUUCCCAUGGUGAUCCGGACCCAUUCAAGUUCCGUUGGCUCAUCCCUCUGUCUGCACUCCAGGUCAGGCUGGGAAAUACAGCAGGACCAGGCACAGAAAGCGGCUGCAUCUGGGAGCUGAUUCACUGCAGGUCUGAAGUGGAAGGGCGACCACAGACGGUCUUUCAGCUGUGUAGCAGUGAGCCAGAGAGCAAGCUAUACAUCAUCAAGGUGAUCCGCUCCGUCCUCAGAGAGAACGCCAGGAGGAACACGAGAGGCGAGGCCAGCUUGGAGCGUGGCUGUAAGGAACGAGUGGCAGCCAUGCGCACCGCGGCGCCCUUUGCCGCCAGGAUGGGCUCCUCCAGGGCUUCUCGCUUGUGUCGGCAGCCGAUCGGCGAACCCCCCGCUCAGUCCAGGAAUCUCAAAUCGGGAACGGACUCGGAUCAAGGCAGCCUGAGUAGUGGCACCUGCGCUCCCCCGCACCUGCUUCCUGUCCAGGAAGGCCCAUCCGGGUCGUUAUCAGGAACUGACGCCCAACCCGCUCCCGUCUCAGUCAAGGAGUCCGACAUUCUCAGCGACGAGGACGACGACGGCUUCAGCGAGACCGCGAGCGCCAAGAGGGACACUCUCGACGCUCAGUUCUUCCAGUUAAAAAUCUCAGAGGAGCCCAUGCUGACGUACGCGGCCGCGCCCCGCGUCCCACCUGAAGGCGACCCCCCCGAGACCCCCACCAGGCCGGCAAGAGACCGACCCGGCGCGGCAAAGAAAAAAAGCAGCAGUCUGCGGAGGAGCGAGGGGGCGCUAGUGUGCAUGAAGGAGCAAAGCGGCUCAUUGGACGCCCGCAACGAUGCGUCGUCCUCGCCAUCGCCGCCGGGCGUGUUGGACCUCAAUGCACUCCUGGAGAGAGAGUUUAGUGUCCAAAGUCUGACCUCGGUCGUCAAUGAGGACUGUUUCUAUGACACGGCCUUGGAGAGACCGCAGAGAGCACAAGACCACAAGCCCAGUUAGCGCUCAGCCAAAGCACACGCCCGCUCAGGCGGCAACCACCAGGCGAGCUGAUUGGUUUGACAGAUUUUCGAAGAGGGGCCGCUGAGCAACCACAAGUGCAUUUGAUUCAGUCUGCUGUCACAUUUGACAACUAGUACAGCAUACCCCCAGCCCCAAUAUUUGUAGUUUGGCAUUUGCGACUUUGCGUCGUCGCUGAUUUUGUUCAGUUUUGUGGAGUACAAUACCAAGAUUGAUUUGGCGCCGUCCGCGACAUCACGGUUUCAGGGAAGUAUGUUGACGCUAGUUGAGGAGUCUCAGUAGGGUCUUUGCUACUAUCAUCUGGCAUCUAAAGGCAAAGUUGUUGUUUUUUUCCCUCAAACAACAAAUUUCAAAUCAGAAAUACUGUAGUGGCAAGCAAAUCUUUGACUCCACACUGCGACCCAGUUUUCACGGGGGGUCAGGAACGAGCUGUGCAGAAUUGACACAAAAAGGUUUGCCAUUGCCAGUGGGGGCCACAAGAUGACGACUAAGCACCAUCUUUCUAUUAGACAAAGUCGAUGGCCUGACUUAAGUGAAGUUCCUCGCCUCACUUCAGCCUAGUUUCUUGGUGCCAAGAUGCCACAAAAUGGCACCAAAGCAAUAUUUUUAUACUCUACAAAAACGGGUGAGAAUAGGUGAGUUUUUCCAGUGAAUAGUGCAGGCUAGUUUGCCAAAAAGUAAGAGAUUAAUUUUGGCGGCGAGGUCAUUGUACAACUGUCGUCCAAUUUUGUGGCAAAAAAAAAAAAGAUUUUGAGAGAACAAAUGCUUGUAAAACCGGUUAACUAAUAUUAGAAUGUUAGUAUGGUUUGAUGUUAUAGAGUAAAGAUCGGUUCCAUUCCACCAAAACAGUGAAGUCGCUACAUUUUGUUCGCUAACUAAUGGGGUGGCCAAAUGCGGCCCCAUAUGUGGCCCCGCAGCCUUGUGUUUUACAGCCAUGUUUUCAAGUCUCUGAGCAGCGUGGUGCUACUGAACAGGUUUUUGGGGCUCGUACCCGGAAAACCGUGAAAGUACAUCCAUUUUUGCAAAAUGUCUGAUUUCCUUUUGAUGAUGGUGGGACCAUGACCUGCACCAAAAUUGAGUGAGGACUUGCAUGCUUGGCUUCCCCACCGUGCCCUUCCUCAGGAUAUGUCGCCCACUGGGGCCACAACAAAAGCAUCUCAGCCGCGCAUUCCAGCCAUCCUCCCUUCAACUCCUGGCUGAUUGGCAUUUGUUUUUUUGUGUUUUGUUUUUUUUACACCAAACUGGAGUCUUUCUCUCAAGAAAGUCCCAUCAGUCCUAACAGCUUAGGGUAGCCCACGAAGGUAGAGCCAGAGGGACAGUAAAAAAAAAAAAAAAGUAAACAAUUUAUUGGAGAAUGACUCAUUAGGGGUUCUUUUUGCUUGUUUCCCCACAGAGGUUAAUACUAUGCAUCGACAGAGUUCAGAAGAAAAUGCUGUCAAGAGCGGUGAACAUGUGGCCAUGAUACGCUUCCAUGAUCAUCAAUAACACGACCCCACCACAUGUCAGUAGCCGCAUAUGCAAAAAAAAUAAAAUAGGUCAAACUAUGUGUGAAUCUCCCCCCAAUUAAUAAUGGCUGACUGAGUUUAUUUUUAAUGAAACUAGGCGGUUUGAAAGAAAUCAGGAGUUUGGGGCACGUUGCUUUCACUUUCUAUUCUGUCAUCUUUUUUCCUGUCACCUUUAAAAAUAGCUGACAAGGGCCACAGUUGAAAGUAGACCGAACGAUGAAAAAUGAUUGAAGAUUUCAAAGAAGGAAAAUGAUGGAGCUUUGAUAUACUUUGGGACACACAAGGCCUCGAGCACUCACGGCCACAUGUUCACUCAAAGCAAACGAUCCAAAGACCUGCUGCAGUCACAAAUAAAAUCUUUUCCUUCUGUAUUUUGUGCACUAAAGUACACUGUUUUGCCGACAUGCUUUAACUAUUUUUCUGUACAGGUUUUAAUGUUAUUAAUACCGUUUUUAUUUAUUACCUGAGUGUCGAUUGAUUUUGUGGGAAGCGUUUUUGGGUGGAAGCCUUUCAGGCAUUUUAAGUUGGAAUUAUUUUGCAAACACCAGAAAAACUUUUAAAAAAGGCGGGUUGAUCAUUUUGUUGUGCGUAGCCUUUGGGAUCAUUGCUGAUUUGUGUGCAGAGGAAUUGUUUGAAAUAAGGCUGCUUGAAUGAUUCGUAAAAGCAAUAUUGUUUUUUUCCAACUAUUUGUAUGUUUUUUUUUAUGGGUCUUGUGUACAUACUCUUUUCUAUCUUGUUUAUUCUUUUUCUACUUGAUACUGUACAGUUCAGAAAUGAGGCAGGAAUUAAUUUGCAGCAAAUAAAAAGAUUUGGGGUUUUUGUGGGGUUUUGUUUGGGAUUUUUUUUUUGAGCAACAUGGAUGGAAUUGAGGUACUAUUCUGAGGCAAUCCACUAAAGACAGUCCAUUCUUACCAAGCCUUCAAUGCUAGCAUACCAAUGAAUGUGAAUUCCUCCUCCUGAUGGAAUUGUUUUUGAAAUAAAACUUUUAUCUGUGAA